CAAAUCUGAAUCUUUUUUUUUUUAAACAUCCACUUUGAUGUAUUUUUAGAAAGUGACAACAGCAAUUAAGAAGUGCGAUGGACCAGGACACAGAAAACAAGACAGAAAUCCUGGUGAGAGCAGCCAGUGACUCUUCAGGUCGAGAGGUUUUGGCUGGAAGCAAGGAAGACAAGCAGAAGAUCUGUGACACUCUGUCUACGUCAAACGCAGUAAGCCCAGUGGAAUUCAUGAAAGCAGCCAGUCAAGGAAAACUGGAAAUCUUGGACAAGUACCUGGCUGAUGGUGGAGACCCUGAUGUUCACGAUGAGCUCCAGAGGACGGCGCUGCAUCGGGCCUCGAUGGAAGGACACACAGCUGUGGUUGAAGUCCUGCUGGAGAAGGGAGCCAAAAUCAACUUCAAGGAUCGACUGGGCUCCGGGGCCAUGCACUGGGCCUGCAGGGGUGGGAGUCUGGACGUCAUCAAAGCCCUGACUGACCACGGCGCUGAUCUAAACGUCAAAGAUAAGUUGUACAGCACACCGCUGCAUGUGGCCACGAGGACUGGCAACGCUGCUAUUGUGGAGUACCUGCUCGCCUGUGGAGCCAAGAUCAACCACAGAGACCGGGAAGGAGACACGCCGCUACAUGAUGCCGUUCGACUCAACAGAUUCAGAAUAGUCAAGAUGCUCAUCGGAGCCGGCGCCGACAUGAAAGUUCAAAACAACGUGGUCUGACAUCUGGUCCUGCAGCAGCUGGAUCGAAGCUUUCACCUCCUUAAAAGACUCGACAAGAACAAUACUCAGAUGACUACGCUGAAGUUUGUUUGAAACUGAGUUUGAGAUGAGCAGUGUGAGGGCGCUCUCUUUCUUCUGCCAAGUGUGUGAAGCUUUUUUUUUUUUUAAGGCAAAC